AUGACGGCUCCGUGGCGAAUCUACACUACCGGCGACUUGCUGCGCAACAUCUACUUUGUCUACGAGCCGAAGCAAAUAAAUAAGCCGGUCCCGAUGAACGCGUCUGAGGCCCCCGACAGUGGCCCGAAAAACGCUCCUGCCUCGCCCACGCCGGCCAUGCAGCCGACGCGCAGCACCACCGCAACCCCGGCCCACAAUUCCUUGGCCAACGAGAUGCCCCCCGAGAAGCGCAAGAAACGCCGCCGCCAUAGCCAGCAAAGUACGGCCUCGUCAAGGGCCAAGAUGACCUAUCGGCGUACGUGCCACCCGAAGCAGCUCGAGUUUGAC